AUGAUUUGGACUUACGAGAUGGAUCUCGCUCUAUGCAAGCUUGUUUAUUUGAACAGUCCAGAAAUUCUAAUAGACGGCGUCAGAGACAGAACUAAGAAUUAUCACAGCGUAUUGAGCGAUUUCAACAAGCAGUUUAGGCUUCAGGUAAAGCAGGCACGUACGGUGAGAGCGCGAUUUGAGAGAUUGUUACUGGAUUAUAAAAGUAGGGCCCAGACGAAAUUUGCUCCAACAGGAAGAGAAUCAGAGAUCGAUAUGCUGAUGAAGACAUUGGUCAACAUGGAAAUAGAGUACCACGAAACCCACAAGAUUACCAGUGUUCCGCCUGGAGAUGAAAAUAUCAAUGCGAUGACUACUGGUGAUAUGGUAGAAAAGGCCAUUGAUGCUUUGAAAGAGGUACCAAAUCAGACAAUCGUGAAUAACAUGCAGAAAAUGGGGCAGCCAGGGCCCAAACUAAUCGAUGUUACUGGGAAUCAAAACUUACCGGCUCUAUCAUCAAACGGCUACAAUGGGAAACAACUCCCCUCAGUUCAAGUUGAUGGCACUCUUAUGGGUUCCAAUACGGAGGGAAGGAACGGAACACGGGACAAGACGGGACAAAACAUAGAUAAGAACCCAUCAGGGAAUGCGAAUUACACACAUGGUAAUCAAUCUGACCUAGAAGAAAACAAUGAUGGUCAAGGCAUUAACUACCCUAAUAUUGACACGGAGUUACAGCCGCCUGCGAAGAAAUUUAAACACAAUAUAGUGCCAGAAUCGCAACCAUUUACCAUCACAAAUUAUUUCUCAGACAACAAAACCUUUAUUAUGAAUGGGGAUGGAGGAACACAACAUGUUAGCGGUAAAAGUGAUUUAAAGGAAGUUACCCAAAGAGUACAAACUGAUCUGGAACAUUUAAAACAAGAUGUCGGAGAAUUGUCGACGUUAUCUAAACAAAUUGCAAAAGUGUUGAAACGAGUUACGUCGAUGGAGGAGACUGCACAGGAUGAACGAGGAUACUAG